AUGGUUCCUGCUCUCGAUGUAUCGGCCGCUCGCUCUCGCUUCCCUGCCCUGCAACAGGAGCAAGUGUAUAUGGACAACGCUGGUGGCAGUCAGGUUCUCGAUACUGUGGCCGACUCCAUCCGUUCAUACCUGCUGAAGACGAAUGUCCAGCUCGGAGCAACCUAUAAGACCUCCAAAACCUCGACAAAUGCGUACGAUAAUGCAUACAAUGUGGCUGCUGGCUUCAUCAAUGCGGCGCCCGAGGAGAUUAGCAUCGGUGUCUCAACCACUCAGCUACUGCACAAUCUCUCCAUCGCGCUUAAAGUUCAACCGGGCGACGAACUGGUUCUGUCCAAGCUCAACCACGAGUCCAAUACCGCUCCGUGGGUCCAAUUAGCAGACAGGUUGGGCUUGACCGUAAAGUGGUGGGCUGCUGCCGAUCCAAAGAACCCGAUCUGUGAUCCAGCCGAGUUGAAGACCCUACUCUCGGAGAAGACCCGACUCGUGACAUGCCCUCAUGUCUCCAAUAUCACUGGCAGUAUCAGUUCCAUCCGAGAGAUUGCGGACGCCGUCCAUGUCUAUCCCCGUGCGCUGCUGUGUGUAGACGGUGUAGCUCUGGCACCCCAUCGUCAGGUCGACGUGAAGGCGUUAGACGUUGACUUCUACGCAUUUUCAUGGUACAAGGUGUACGGACCACAUCUGGCGCAACUUUAUGCCUCAUCACGCGUGCACGAGCAGAUCCAGUCACUGGGCCAUUUCUUCAACCCGACAAACACACUAGACAAGAAGCUCAACCUGGCAUCGGCUAAUUAUGAGCUAACACAGAGCAUUCCCCAGGUUGUGGAGUACUUUGGGCCCAACCCAAGCGUGACCUGGGCCCAGAUGGCCGAGCAUGAGCAGCAGCUGCAACGAAUUCUACUUGAGUUCCUGGCCUCGGACGGUCGUGUCACCGUGAUCGGUGAGCCGUCGGCCAGCAAUGAGCUCCGCGUGCCGGUUAUUAGCUUUGUUGUACGAGGACUGGGCAGCCAGCGUCUUGUAGAGGAGGUUGAGCGCCGAUCGGCUUAUGGCUUCCGCAGUGGCCAUAUGUACAGCCAUCGGCUACUGGCCGAGGUGUGUGGAUUGGAGGAUGUGGAGGAUGGGGUUGUGCGGGUCAGCUUCCUGCAUUAUAACACCGGUGAGUGGGGAGAUCUUUUCGGUUGUAUUGGUCCGAUGCUAAUAAAGACAGUGGCCGAGGUGCAGGGGCUGGUAGAGGUCUUGCGAGAGGUGCUUGCAUCUUCGUAG